AUGGCAUUCGGGAACUGGAAUGAUUCACCAAUCGCCCAAGAAGACUCUGGGGAGGGACAUUUCUCAUUGGCCGUCNUUCCCGGAAAAGGGCCGGACUUCCACACGGAAAACUACAAUUUGAUUGGUAGGUAUAAUGNUGACAACAAGGAACGCGUCUGCCUGGCUCGGAGUGGCAAGGCGCACAGCCAAUCGCAGAGCAGACGCACGGACCCCUCACUCAAUGGGCGAUGUCUGCCCAAGGCUGUCACUCAGUUUUGUACUCCCAUUGCAUCCGCCUGGCUGGUGAGGGAUGGCAAGGUCAUCCCCAUCAGUCUAUUUGAUGAUACAAGUUACACGGCCAGUGAAGAAAUUUUGGAAGAUGAAGAAGACAUUGUGGAGGCUGCUCGGGGAGCCACNGAGAACAGUGUGUACUUAGGGAUGUACAGAGGCCAGCUGUACCUGCAGUCAUCCGUCAGGGUCUCAGAAAAGUUCCCUACAAACCCAAAGGCCUUGGAGUCUGUAAAUGGCGAAAAUGCAAUUAUUCCUCUGCCAACGAUCAAAUGGAAGCCCUUAAUCCAUUCUCCUUCUAGGACUCCUGUCUUGGUUGGGUCUGAUGAAUUUGACAAAUGUCUAAGUAAUGAUAAGUAUUCCCAUGAAGAAUACAGUAACGGUGCACUUUCAAUCCUACAGUAUCCAUACGAUAACGGUUACUACCUGCCAUACUACAAGAGGGAAAGGAAUAAGCGGAGCACGCAGAUCACAGUCAGGUUCCUGGACAGCCCACACUACAGCAAGAACAUCCGCAAGAAGGACCCCAUCCUCCUGCUGCACUGGUGGAAGGAAAUAUUCGGAACGAUCCUGCUUUGCAUCGUAGCCACGACCUUCAUCGUGCGCAGGCUGUUCCAUCCUCAGCCCCACAGGCAGCGGAAGGAGUCUGAAACUCAGUGCCAGACUGAAAGUAAAUACGACUCGGUGAGUGCCGAUGUCAGUGACAACAGCUGGAACGACAUGAAGCACUCAGGAUACGUGUCCCGAUACCUAACAGAUUUUGAGCCAAUUCAGUGCAUGGGUCGUGGUGGCUUUGGCGUUGUCUUUGAAGCUAAAAACAAAGUAGAUGACUGCAAUUACGCUAUCAAGAGGAUCCGUCUCCCCAAUAGGGAAUUGGCACGGGAGAAGGUAAUGCGGGAAGUUAAAGCCUUGGCUAAGCUGGAACACCCAGGCAUUGUGAGGUAUUUCAAUGCCUGGCUGGAAACACCACCAGAGAAGUGGCAAGAAGAGAUGGAUGAGAUCUGGCUGAAAGACGAAAGCACAGACUGGCCACUCAGCUCCCCUAGCCCAAUGGAUGCCCCAUCUGUUAAGAUCCGAAGGAUGGAUCCUUUCUCUACAAAAGAGCAGAUCGAAGUCAUAGCUCCUUCUCCUGAAAGAAGUCGGUCUUUCUCAGUGGGCAUUUCCUGUGGCCAGACAAGCUCAUCCGAGAGCCAGUUCUCUCCCCUGGAGUUCUCAGGGACAGACUGUGGAGACAACAGUGACUCAGUGGACGCGGCCUACAACCUCCAGGACAGUUGCCUGACGGACUGCGAGGAUGUGGAAGAUGGUACCGUGGACGGCAAUGAUGAGGGACACUCCUUUGAACUUUGUCCUUCUGAAGCGUCUCCCUAUACCAGGUCAAGGGAAGGAACUUCCUCUUCCAUAGUGUUUGAAGACUCUGGCUGCGGCAAUGUGUCCAGUAAGGAGGACCCCAGAAGGAACCGGCUGCAUAAUGGCAACCAUUAUGUUAAUAAGCUAACUGAUCUCAAGUGCUCCAGCAGCAGAUCUUCUUCAGAAGCCACCUUGUCUACCUCCCCUACCAGGCCAACCACUCUAAGCUUAGAUUUCACCAAGAACACUAUGGGCCAGCUCCAGCCCAGCUCCCCCAAGGUGUAUCUGUACAUUCAGAUGCAGCUGUGCAGGAAGGAGAACCUCAAAGACUGGAUGAACCGACGCUGCAGCAUGGAGGAACGGGAACACAGCGUGUGCCUGCACAUCUUCCUGCAGAUCGCAGAGGCGGUGGAGUUUCUGCACAGCAAGGGACUCAUGCACAGGGACCUCAAGCCUUCCAACAUAUUCUUCACAAUGGAUGAUGUGGUCAAAGUUGGGGACUUUGGACUGGUGACUGCCAUGGACCAGGAUGAGGAAGAGCAGACUGUACUGACUCCAAUGCCAGCCUAUGCUACGCACACGGGACAAGUGGGGACCAAGCUAUACAUGAGCCCAGAGCAGAUUCAUGGAAACAACUACUCCCAUAAAGUGGACAUCUUCUCUUUAGGCUUGAUUCUGUUUGAACUCCUUUACCCAUUCAGCACUCAGAUGGAACGAGUCCGGAUUUUAACUGAUGUCAGAAAUCUCAAGUUUCCACUACUGUUCACUCAGAAAUAUCCCCAAGAGCAUAUGAUGGUUCAAGACAUGCUCUCUCCAUCCCCCACGGAGCGGCCUGAAGCCACAGACAUCAUUGAAAAUGCUGUAUUUGAGAACUUGGAGUUUCCUGGGAAAACAGUUCUGAGACAGAGGUCCCGCUCCAUGAGUUCACCCGGAACAAAGCAUUCCAGACAGCCCAGCAGCUCGUACAGCCCACUGCCUGGCAACUAGCCCUCAGCUGGGCCAGCAGCCCUCGAAGGUGGCAGAGCAGGCGCCUUGAGGAACAUGGCUCUCCACAGCGGUGGACUCGGAUUUUAUGCUUUGAUCAAUUUGACUUGGGACCAAUUUUUCUAAGUCAGACUGGAUUAUGGGCCUAACCCAGUUUGAUCUUAACUGAACUUCAAGGAAAGGGCUAUGUAAAUGACAUGUGAACUUGUUUCUCGUUGGUGUCCCAAGGCUAGCUGGUCAGUUGAGAACCUUCAUUUUUCACCAGGAGGUAGAAGAGAUCCUCAAAUGGUCUGAACCGGAAAUGUCUUUAAAGCACAAAAGUGUAAAAGACCUUCUCACAUGGGAGCUACAUGUUCUAGAAACGUGCUUUCUAGAGAUACAAGGGUGGUUUUGGAAGUGGUUGUUAUAAAGCUGACUCCACUUUUGUUCCUGAUGAGCAUUGACCCAUCUGCACUAUUUUGCAAGUCACAUAGCACAAGCUGGGUUGCCAUUUAUGUCGUUAGUGUCAUAGUCUGCAGCAGUGAAUGGCUUCAUUCUUUAGGCGGUCUAGGGAGCGCAAAGAGCUUUUUUUGUACUUUUUACCUCCAAUAAUGGGAAAAUGAAGCUUUUAGGUAUUGGUCAAAAGAUCUGAUUUGAGAGGGUUUUUUUAAAAAAAAAAAAAAAAGUGCAGUAGGAAAUGAAUUAUCUAUUACAACUAACUUCUUCAAUUAUGGAAUUUUUAUCCUAGUAGAAUCCUAUCUUAAAUACUACAAAUGGGUACAUUCCCCCAAACUGAUUAUAGAUAAGUUUAAUCAUCUCAACUUGCUAACGUUUUCAUUUUUCCUGUAAAUACGUUUAUUUUUUAUUUAUAACAAUUCUGAAAUCAAUCCAUUUGGGUUGGUGGUGUACAGAAUGCACGUAAGUGCGAUAACUAUUAUGACUUCUUUCAAGUCUAAAUGAUUUAAUAAAACUUUUUUAAAUUAUACUUAA